AUGCGGUUAGUUGAUGCUGUUGUUUUUGGAUUCUUGAUUAAGCUUCUGGUUCUCAUGUGCUGCCUUGCUGAGUUUCAUUAUAUGACUAUAUUGAUGCUGCGUUCCAAAAAUGCUCAAGAAGAUCCCAUUCAACAUCUAACCACAUUCUUGAGGAUUUGUGACACUGUGAAAUCAAAUGGGGUUCAUCCGGACACUUACAAACUUCUCUUAUUUCCCUUCUCUCUUUGGGACAAGGCAUCAAAGUGGCUGGAAUCAUUCCCUAAAGAAAGCCUUACCACUUGGGAGGAUGUUGUUAACAAGUUCUUAGCAAGGUUCUACUCUCCACAAAGAAACAAUAGGCUGAGAGCUGAGGUUCAAACCUUUAGACAACAAGAUAGGGAGACUCUCUAUGAAGCAUGGGAGAGAUACAAGGACUUGACAAGAAAGUGCCCUCCAAAUAUGUUCAACGAAUGGGUACAGCUGCACAUCUUCUAUGAGGGGCUAUCAUAUAAGUCAAAGAAGGCCUUAGAUCACUCUUCUAGAGGCUCUCUCAACAAGAAAAAGACAAUUGAGGAGGCCAUAGACAUCAUAGAAACUGUUGCCAACAACGAGUAUUUCUAUGCCUCUGAUAGAACUAAAAAAAGAGGAAUGAUGGAGCUCAAUUCCAUGGAUGUUCUGCUGGCUCAAAACAAGGUGAUGAUAGCUCAAUUAGUGGCCCUAACUAAGCAGAUGGAGAAUAACCAAGUCUCAGCUGUUCAAGCUCAAGCACCUCCACAAGAAGAAGAUACUCCAGAAGUUGAAUGUGAAUGGGAGCAAGCCAACUAUGUGAAUAAUUCUUCCAGACCACCAUAUGAUCACAAUGCCAAAACAUACAACCCAGGGAGUAUUAUCACUGUUGUAGAGAGACAAGUGCAAGCUGAAAAGAAGAUAGAUGCAAUCCAAGAGGAGGCCAGAUCCAACAUGAGGAACCAAGGGAUAGCAAUUUCAAAACUGGAAGCACAACUAGGGAGCUUGUCUAAACAGAUACCAAUGCCUAUAUAUAUGUUCCCUAAUGAUACCAUGACCAACCCCAGAGGGAAAUGCAAGGCCAUCACACUAAGGAGUGGGAAGAUUGUGGAGGAGACAUCCUCAAGUCACAACAAGCACGAAGAAGAAGCUGCAAGUGACCCAGAAACCAAGAAGAAGGAAUAG